CCACCCCUUCCUCGCCUUAUCAACUCUCCGUACGCAUCCUGGGGGAACACACUCUUCCUCUCGCUCCUACACUCACGCGCGCGCGCACUGGCGCUCAUAUAGGAGGAUCCCAGCAGAGAAGCGGGCAGCGAACGACGGAGCGCGCACGGGACCAGAUCGUUAACUUGUCGUUUCCCCGCCUCAUUCUCGUGCAGGUUCAGCAGCUGCAGCAACAAACCGGACUACCGGCGAACAGCGAGACUCCUCCAGCGCUCCAGACAGCUUCAGACUGGUCGUCAUCGCGUCUUUUACUCUGGAGACUGCGGAUUUUAUCCCUGAUCUUUUCCAGCGGAUACCGAGAGUGCACACCGCCUCUCCGAGAUAAACUAAGUCUACGGACAUUAAGUGCGCUAUUUGUUUUCUAGCAGAGGGGGGAAAUCAGUCUCCGUGAGUCAGGCCAGCUGUCUUCUCGCCCUCUCCUCCAGUUUAACUGCACCGGUCAGACUUGGAAAGAGCAACAGCCUCCGCCAGCGCAUCAGUGAGGCAGAAAAGCCCUACAACAAGCUGCAGCCAUGGAUGAGAUGGACCUGCCCCAGAUGAAGAAGGAGGUGGAGAGCCUCAAGUACCAGCUGGCCUUCAAAAGAGAGAAGUCCUCCAAAACAGUGACUGAUUUGGUAAAAUGGAUAGAGGAUGGUGUCCCAGAGGAUCCCUUCCUGAACCCGGAGCUGAUGAAGAACAACCCCUGGGUGGAGAAAGGAAAAUGCAUCCUUCUUUAGAUUUAACCAUUUAAUGACCCUUGAAUUUCAACACACAUGCCCUACAGAUGACCCCUGAAGCUGAUCCUGUGAAUGCACCGGCAGGACAGCGCCACCUAACCUCUCACCGUGAAUGUACAACAGCUGGCAAACCUAACCCUCUCCCCAAAAACACACCCCAAGGGCACAGAAAUACACGCUGACAGAGACACGCAUUCACACACUUAACACUGCAAGUUUAAUCCUGCCACGGCAAUGCAUCGUUUUUAUGAUAUGACAGAAGUGAUCGAUACUUGUACUACGUGUCUUUAUAUGAAUAUACGACAACUUUUAUUUAUGCAGCUGCCAGUCACAAGCUUAUUCCCUUUGCAGUUUUUUCUUCCUAAAUUUCCUAAAUGCGUUAAAGAUGUGUAAUGGAGUCACGUUCUCACUGCCAGACUGACUGUAGAUCUGCUGGGGGAAUUUUGUUCCAUACUGGAAAUGACCACCAUUACAAUAUAACGAGUCAGACCCCUUUAAACCGAAUUAAUAAAGUCUUUGAUGAAAAAAAAUGAACUAAGAACUGAUAAGAUAGUGAUUUGUAAGUAAACACAUCUCCUUUUCUUUUGACAGCCUUUCAACCAAAUACAAGCUAAUAUCACCAUUAGCAUCACAUUUAGCUAGAUUCACCAUUAGCAUGACCAUUAGCAUCGCCAUUAGCAAUAGUUGCGCGGCUUCCUUUACCUAAGCUACAUGUAAAUCGCUUCCAGCUCUGCUCCAGUGCAGUGCAGGGUGACAGUGACGACCCUGUACCUGUUUAUCCCGUCUUUAAGUAUGACGUCAUUAGCUGUGUCUGGGCCCAAACUCCGCUGCAGGUCAAACGAUCACUGAGAGU